CAGUAUUAACACUUUUUCCUAAUGACCACUUUUGGAAUGUCAUACAGAGUUAAGUAAUCCUUGUGUGUUUUUAAUUUUACUAAUACUACAAUACUACUUAUAAUAGUUAUAUUAAUUUUGAUAAGUAAAUCAGUUUAUUCAGAAAUUCAAAACUGAAGAUAAUUAAUUGUGGUUAAGAAUAAUUAAUGUUGCUGAAAGAAAGCAAACACUGAAGGUCAAAAGACAAAAAAAAAACAAAACAAGGAUCUUAAUUAGUCAUUUUAUAGCGUAUGUUUGUGUCAAAGACAAUGACGAACAAUAGGUGUUUUCCAACCACAUCCGGCUUUACCAACAAAACCACCAGAACGUGAAUCAUUAUUCAGACUAAAUUAUUAAACGGUGUCAUGUAGAAAUCUGUGACACCCAAGAUCCAAAGGAAAUUUAAGAGUGACGCUACCAAUUGUGCAAUUUCAGCUUCACUGGCCCUGCAGGAGAGAUGAAGUAAACUCAAGAGACACUCCGGUAACUUACGCUGAUUUACGUAGUUUUAUAAAACACGGAGGAACAAAACAACAGCACAACUGUGGGCACAGUGCGUCCCGAACCCCCCACCUCAUGUUCAGAUUGUAUCCCCAGCUCCGGAAGCAUCGCACCCAUACAUGGUUUUCUGUUCAACAACAAAUAAGUGAAAGGUUACUGCAGAUCUUCUCACCUCUGGCCCACUGAGGAAUAGAAAGACAAUGCGUAGAAGACAGUCAGCCUGCUGCAGUAGAUAGAUUGAAGGCCGUCCUGCAUACAGCUUUUUGGUUUGUUGGGGAUCUGUUGAACUGCUAAGUUUGCAAACACCAUGAGAGAUGUAAGAUCAUAUAGAGCAUAGAUCACAUGCCACUGUGCCCUUAUCCAUACCUUAUCGGGCCCUAACGGUCAUACAGGGUACGUACGACAUCCUAUCUUGUGAGGCCAGAGUGGUUCUGGACCUUAGAUUUCUCCCCCAAACCAAAAUCAAAAAUCAUCCUGGCUAAAUUAUAGUAUGUCUGAAUAGAUGGUAUAUCAUAUUAAAGAGCUAUAUUCUCACUGAACAUGUAUGUACUACUCCUGCUACAUAUCUCACAUAUGUGUUGCAAUAUGAGGCAGUGUGCAGGUAUUCACACCCACCAUCAUUCAUCCUCUCUGGUUCUGAGAAAGUGGGCGAGUCUGAUUACUCACGCAGAGCUUAAUUUACGCAUGAAACCGUACACCGGCACAGCAUCAACAAAGAGGAGUGUACUUUGUGUCCCAAGUUUGGUUACACUUGAGGGCCAUGGUAACUAUUGAGAAAAACCAGUUCACUUUUGCACUGAAAUGCUUGCAGAGGGUGAGGCAAAGGCUUUAUAAGCCUGCAGCAUUUGACAGUAGGGUCAUCAGAGCAUCAGAGCGAGAAACAAAAAAGAGACACUACAGCAAAUGGAAGACUUGAGUCUUAAAUAUGUCAGCCUGGAAAAAUCCGAGAACCAGGAGAAGCACAGGACGGAGGACUUCAGCACCCACAGAUCCCUGGUGGUGCGAAGAGGAGCCCCGUUCAAAGUCAGCCUGCAGCUGGAGGGUCGACCCCUCAACCCCAAGACCGACUCUCUGAGGAUCAAAGUUAUGCUAGGCCGCCUGUAUGUGGUGAUGCCCGUCACUUUCGUUAAGCAGGUUUCCUCCACUAGCUGGACUGCCUACAUUGAACCAAAGGGCCUGAACCUCCAGAGCCCCUCCAUAUACAUCUCCUCCCCUGCCGCCGCCCCGGUGGGCAGCUACAGAUUUCAGGUGUCUGUGUUCACCCUGAACAGCCAGAAGACCCACGCCUCUGGAAGAUUCAUCCUGCUCUGCAAUCCCUGGUGUCCUGAGGACACAGUGUACAUUCCCUUUGAGGACCAGAGAGAUGAGUACGUCCAGAAGGACUCCGGGCUGCUGUUCAUGGGGACGGCUAAGAACGUGGUGUCAAGACCGUGGUCCUUUGAUCAGUAUGAGCCUGGUGUCCUGGAGACGUGCCUGAACCUUCUCCAGGUGAGCCCCCUGCACCAGCAAAACAGAAGGAUGGACUACCUGAAACGACACGACCCUGUCUACAUCAGCAGGGUCGUCUCUGCCAUGAUAAACAGCGAGGACGACCGGGGAGUGCUGAAGGGGAACUGGUCCGGUGACUACAAACAAGGACUUCAUCCCUCCUUGUGGACUGGGAGCGGUGAAAUCUUGAGGCAGUGGACCCAGUCUGGUUUCAGCCCGGUCAAGUACGGACAGUGUUGGGUGUUCGCAGCGGUCAUGUGCACAGUUAUGAGAGUUCUUGGCAUUCCUUGUCGCGUCGUCACCAACUUCGACUCCGCUCACGACACCAAUGGCAACCUGUUGAUCGAGGAGUUCUACACCGAGACAGGGAAGAAGCUCAACCACAGCAAAGACAGCAUUUGGAACUUCCACGUCUGGGUGGAGUGCUGGAUGACCCGCCGGGAUCUUGGAAAGGAAAUGGAUGGCUGGCAGGUUCUGGACCCGACCCCUCAGGAGAGGAGCGGAGGAGUGUUCUGCUGUGGCCCUGCCCCAGUCAAAGCCAUCAAGGGUCGGCGCAUCGACCUGUUUUAUGACAUCCCCUUUGUCUACGCCGCGGUGAACGCUGACGUCCACUCGAUCGUGCUGAGCGAGGGUCGGGUGCUCGGCUACAGCAAAGACACAGAGCGAGUGGGGUCUCUCAUCUGCACCAAAGCCGUCGGCUACCCCAGACACCAGAGCCUCACAGGAGAAUACAAAUACCUGAAAAGCCCCACUUCAACAAUUUCAUCAAGAAGCUCCACAAUGUCAGAUGGCUCAACAUUAAGAAGAGCAGGCUUGUCCAAGGGGGUCGCCGUCUUCCUGAUCCUGGACAAAGCUCCGGUCGCCGGGGAGCCCGUCCGCUUCACGGUGAAAGUCAUCAACAAGCAGAACGUUGCCAAGAUGAUGAAGGUGCAUGCCAACGCCCAGGCUAAAGAGUACAACCACAGCCCCUCAGACACCUUCUGGGAAACGCACGGCGUCAUACAGCUGGCCCCCAUGGAAGCCAAAGUUAUCCCGCAGCAGAUCCUCCCGGCUCAGUAUGAGGACGUGGUGGGAGACGACCUGGUCAACCUCGCUGUAGUCCUGCAGGACAUGGCCAGUCAGGAGCGGGUCCUGGCCACGGAGGAGUUCAAUAUCGCCAGCCCAGAGCUCGUCAUAGAGGUUGCAAACGAAAGAUCCAUCGUGCCUGGAAAAGAGCAGACAGCCACCGUGAGCUUCACCAACCCGUUCUCACACCCGGUGAGCGGAGCGCUGACUAUAGCCGGCGCCGGGCUGCUCCAGGGCAAGAUUCACUUCAGGAUGCCUCAGCUGCAUCCAGGAGGAACAGCGCAGCAGGGAAUCACCUUCACCCCGAGCAUGGUGGGAAUGAAGAUGCUGCAGGCCAGCCUGCUGCUCACGAACAUGAACUCCACCAUCAGAGGCUUCAAAAUGGUCUUUGUCGACAGAGCUUAGGGCUUCUUUAUUGCGUGCAUUUUGCCUUUUCGUUUGGAGACUUAACAUUUCCGAUUGCAAGCAUUUUGUUGUUUUCUUUGCCUCAGUAUCGCAAUUUUCAUUUAUGUUAUAAAAUAACAAUCGGAAGCCAGGACGUGGCAGGGAGGUGGCGGCAUCAGUUCCGGGGGAAAAACAUUUAGAUUGUUGCUGUUUGUUUUUUUUCUAUCGCUGCGCGUGAUAUAAAUGUGAAUGUAAAUGAUAUUUAUUUAUUAUCACUAUUUAUUUUGCUAUUUAUGUGAUCGAGCCAUGAGAGUUAACACUGCUAUGUGAAAAUCCUGCCUUUUACUUGAAUUUUAAAAACAGCUGCAACACAUGAUUUCCACUGAUUACUGUGCUUUUUUACUACGUGUGCAAAAAUAAAAUAAACAAAUGGGUUUA